AUAGAUAGAUAGAUAGAUAGAAAACACACUGUUUUUUUUCCACAUUUAUUUUGUCACAUAUAUAUUACUGGACAGUGAAAUUCUUUUUUCACAUAUCCUAUCAUUGGAGGUUGGGCUCAGAGCACAGGGUCAGUCAUGAUGUAUUUCCCCUGAAACAGGGUGGGUUGGAAGUCUUGCUCAUGGGCCCGACAGUGGCAGUUUGGCUGGGGCUUGAACCCUGUUUUUCCUAUCAACAACCCAGAGCCUUAUAUCAGAGCAUAAUUAUUAUUUUUGCACCUAUAAUAAUGACAGCAAUCAGUAACUGCAAAGUUAAAGCUAUUCACAAAGGGAUCAGACCCCUAGCUGUCUCUUAGCAUUUGACGCCACUAACAACCAAAUGCCAUGGCAGGUGAUAGAUUACAAUCAGUGAGCUGUAAUCCUCUUAGCUCCGUAAGAAGACUGUGUUCUUCCAGCUGUAUGGACCAACGUUUGUCUAAUCCUGUAGUCGACAAGCUUGCUUACAGCACCACAGUACAACAGCAUGGAGGAGUUCCUGAUCCCUGAGGAUGCUCGCUCCGAGCAUGGCUUCUUUCCGAUCGGUUCAAAGAAAACCAGACUGGACAGUGUAAAAAACUUGCUGCACUAUGCCUUCACCAUAUACAUCAGGGACUAUGUGAAACGAAAUGGGCUGCUGACUCUGUCUGUGCUAGGAGUGUUUACAGGCUGCAUCCUUGGCUACACACUCAGGGGAUGUGAUCUCUCCAUGCAGGCAAAGAUUUAUCUCUCGUUUCCUGGUGAACUGCUGAUGCGUAUGCUAAAAAUGCUUAUUCUUCCCCUGAUCACCUCAAGUUUAAUGUCAGGCUUGUCAUCGAUGGAAUCCAAGGCCUGUUGUCAUAUGGGUUUACUCACUGUGACCUAUUACCUGUGGACCACCUUCAUUGCUGUGGUGGUUGGCAUUGUACUGGUGGUGAUCAUCAAACCAGGCUUUGCAACAGACAUGGAGAGCACCAGGCUGGGAGGAGGUCCGGUGAUAACGUCUGCAGACGCUCUGCUUGACCUAGUCAGGAACAUGAUUCCUUCAAAUCUCAUAGAGGCCACAUUUCAGCAGUACAAGACAGACCUUAUUCCUCUUCUUAAAACACAAGACAGCAUUAAGCAGCACAACUUGGUUUACCUGAUGCCGGACGAAGAUCAUCCCGACGGUCACCAAGUGUUCCUGGAUCUCACCGCACCUCCUGAUAUUCACUACAAGGCGUAUCCUGGAAGCAGCCACCAAAUGAACGUGCUGGGGAUCGUCAUCUUCUCAGCCACUAUGGGGCUCCUGCUUGGCAAGAUGGGUGAACGUGGUACGCCUUUAGUCAACGUCUGCCAGUGUAUCAACGAGUGUGUCAUGAAGAUCAUCAAUGCAGCGGUGUGGUAUUUUCCCUUUGGGAUCAUCUUUCUGGUGGCUGCAAAAAUCCUGGACAUGAGUGACCCCUCCACUCUGGGGAAGAAGCUGGGCUGGUACGCAGUGACCGUUCUGACUGGAUUGUUUGUCCAUGGCUUUGUUCUUCUUCCGCUGUUUUAUUUCCUCUUAACUCGCAAGAACCCCUUCUCGUUCAUCAGAGGAUUAUUGCAAGCUAUGGUCAUUGCCUUGGCUACAUCCUCAAGUUCCGCCACACUGCCCAUUACAAUGAAGUGUUUAUUGGAGAACUGUCAUGUAGAAAGACAGAUCGCACGCUUUGUGUUGCCCGUGGGUGCCACCAUCAACAUGGACGGCACUGCUCUCUAUGAAGCGGUGGCAGCCAUCUUCAUCGCUCAGGUCAACGAGUACGAGCUGGAUUUUGGACAGAUGGUGACAAUAAGCAUAACGGCCACUGCUGCAAGCAUCGGUGCUGCAGGGAUCCCUCAGGCUGGCCUUGUAACCAUGGUGAUAGUGCUAACAUCUGUAGGACUGCCACCAGAUGACGUCACACUGAUUGUAGCCAUCGACUGGAUUCUGGAUCGUUUUCGAACAAUGAUUAACGUACUCGGAGACUCCCUGGCUGCUGGGAUCAUCGGCCAUUUGUGUCGGAAAAACUUUGCCACCGAUAAACAGGGAUCAGCAAGUGGAUCAUGCCAGAAUAGAAAUCACAGCCAAAACAUAGAGAACGUUCAUUUGGCCGAGGUGCCACUGCUUGCAGGAAAAGACUGCAUGUACGAGGUGGUUGGAGACACGGUUACUGAACGACCGACGAUCUACUACAACAUCUGUCAAGUUUAAGUUUAUCUCGCAAGUGCCUUUUACAUCCACUACAUUUUUAGAGACAAGUCUCUACACUUGUGACUCUGAUGCUAGUUAACAGACCAAAUCAACAGUUCAACAAGAUUGUGUUCCUUCGAAAGAAAAAAAAAAGAAAAGUAACGUUGCAUGAAAAGAACACAAGGCCCCAGUGCAUAAAUGCUGGCAUUGCACACUUCAUAAGAGUGAUGAUCAUAUCAGCAGUUAGCAGAUUGCAUUUUAUUUGCCUUAAAACACACUAAAAGAAAAGUGACUACAUUUUGUGACGAGCCAUUUUUGUACUGUCUGAGAUUUCCGGACCUCUGUCUGUUUAAUGUGUCUGUAGAACACCGGAGUAAAUCACAGAGAUGGAAGUGUCUUUACUAAAACCAGUUUAUUAGUUAUCACAUUAAACAUAUGCAUGCAUGUAACAUCCAUGCAAAUACCUCAUUUUAAUACAAACAGAUUUUAUUAUAAGUGUGUACCCUUAAGUGCACAGGCAUUUUACACUAGUUCACAACCCUGGAAUAAAAUCCGUGCGGAAAAUCGAAGCACGUUACUUAAUCUGACCGACUCAGUAAAUUUCAUUCAUGAGACAAAAAUUGAUGACAGAUUAGCUAGAUUUAUAAGUUGACCUGUUUGUGCAUGAUUUUAUGCAUUGCACCGCUGCCUCAUGAUUGGCCGGAUUAAUAAUUGCAUGAUUGUACAGGUAUUCCUAAUAAAGUGAGUGUUCAGAUGUAGGCUAGAUCUCUGUUAGGAAUACAUUCUCUGACAUAUCCUUUUAAAAGUCAUUCAAAAACCGCUGGUAUGUCUGCAGCCUUUUGUUUCAACAAAGCAGGAUGCAGCACACACCUGAGAAGAAAGACGAACAGGUGGAAACAGAUGUACAGUAGAAUCUGAUUGGUAAAGUUGGAAUAAAAAGCUGAGUUACAUUAACCCUGAUGAUUAUAUCCAGAUAGGAUAGAAAACCACAACUUUCCCACAUACACUAUAUUGCAAAAUGUUUUGGGACACCUCUCCAAAUCAUUGAAUUCAGGUGUUGCUUUUCAGGGGUCAGGCUUGGCCCCUUAGUUCCAGUGAAAGGAACUCUUAAUGCUUCAGCAUACCAAGAUAUUUUGGACAAUUUCAUGCUCCUAACUUUGUGGGAACAGUUUGGGGAUGACCCCUUCCUGUUCCAACAUGACUGC